AUGCUCUCUAUAUCAAACGUGAAACGGAAGCGGUGCAUAUUAAAUGGCCUUGUUCCACCGCAUGACAACAAAGGCCAUCAAGAUAAGGAAAAGAGAGAAGUCACGGAAGCCGGGAACUAUAUAAGCUCCCGUCUCCCUCCAGAAGACAUCACUCAGUCGAUCACCUCUGUAGAUCCUGGUCCAUCCCAGCGAUAUACACCACCAACGAUGAAGGCCUUUGUAGUGUGUGCUCUUCUCAGCCUCGUAGCCGCCGACAGGCGCCCAAGCAACGGCUAUGGAGCUCCUCCAAGCAACUCCUAUGGCCCACCUAGGAACUCCUACGGAGUAGAUCCACUUGCUGAAUUGGCCCAGAACAUUCCUGGAGGCGGAGUUCCUGGAGAAGACUACCCUAUUUUGGCCUCCGUCCCUGACACCGGUUUCUCCUGCGAUGCUCAGAAUGUCCCUGGUUAUUAUGCCGACACCGAUCGUGAGGCUGGCUGCCAGGUCUUCCACAUCUGCCAGGACAGGCCCAAUGGACGCCGUCAGCAGGACUCCUUCCUCUGCCCCAACGGAACCAUCUUCAACCAACAGUACCUCGUCUGUGACUGGUGGUUCAACUUCGACUGCGCUGACGCUGAAGACUUCUACUCAGUCAACGAGCAGAUUGGCGUCGUUGCCUAUGACCCUUAUGGUAGACAGAGCAACGGCAACGGUAACAAUGGAUAUGGUUCUAACGGCAAUGGUAUGAGCACCAAUGGUUAUGGUUCAAAUGGAAACGGAAAUGGAGGAAAAAACAAGAAUGGUAAUGGCAAUGGAAAGAAAAACAAGAAUGGCAAGAAAAAUGGAAAUGGAAAAAAGAAUGGAAACCAGAAUGGUAACGGUUAUGGUUCCAAUGGCAAUGGCGCUCCUGCCCUUCCCAGCAAUGGAUAUGGAGCCCCAGCUGCUCCAAUGAACGGAUACUGAGCGCCUCAACAUUCGGACUCAUAUGGAACUCCAUUCUAAGUCAGAUUCCUCCUCACUAUUCUUAAUUCGACGACUGAAAUCAUCUUUAAUAACUUUCUUUCAUGAACAACUGACUAUUGACUUGUGCUCGAAAAGGACCUGUGACUGGAUAUCAUUAUAUCCAUAAAUGUAUAUUUUUAUAUUACAAAUAAAAAUUAAUAAUUAAU